AUGGGUAGAGGACCAAAGAAGCAUCAGAAGCGGCUGUCAGCCCCAUCGCACUGGCUUCUCGACAAGCUCAGCGGUGCCUACGCCCCCAAGGCCUCGCCUGGUCCGCACAAGCUGCGCGACUGCAUGCCGCUCAUCGUCUUCAUCCGUAACCGCCUGAAGUACGCCCUCAAUGGCCGUGAGACCAAGGCCAUUGUCAUGCAGCGCCUGAUCAAGGUCGAUGGCAAGGUCCGCACCGACCCUACCUACCCAGCCGGCUUCAUGGACGUCAUCUCCAUCGAGAAGACUGGCGAGAACUUCCGCCUCGUCUACGACACCAAGGGUCGCUUCACCGUCCACCGUAUCACUGGCGAAGAGGCGGAGUACAAGCUGGGCAAGGUCAAGAGAGUGCAGUUGGGCAAGGGUGGCAUCCCAUUCUUGGUUACGCAUGACGCGCGCACGAUCCGAUACCCAGACCCCGCCAUUCGGGUCAACGACACCGUCAAGGUCGACCUCGCGACGGGCAAGAUCCAGGACUUCAUCCGCUUUGACACCGGGGUGAUCGCCAUGGCCACUGGUGGUCGUAACAUGGGUCGUGUUGGUGUCAUCACUCACCGUGAGCGCCACGACGGAGGUUUCAACAUCGUGCACAUCAAGGACGCCAUCGACAACGAGUUCGCUACCCGUGAGUCCAACGUCUUCGUCAUCGGCCGCGAGAAGCCAUGGAUCUCGCUCCCCAAGGGCAAGGGUGUCAAGCUCAGCAUUGCCGAGGAGAGAGAUCGCCGACGUGCCUUCACUCAGGCUGGCCACUAA